CCGCCCGGCCGCCCCAGCGUCCCUAGGCGCUGUCUGCCCUCAUCAAAGAUGGCGGUCGGAAGCGUCCCCGGUUAUUAGGCUCCCGCCCGUCGCUCCGUGCCGGGUGGUUGGGCUCGGCGGCCGAGAUGGCGGCGGCAGAGCUGGAGUACGAGUCCGUCCUCUGCGUGAAGCCCGAUGUCAACGUCUACCGCAUUCCGCCGCGCACUUCCAACCGCGGGUACAGGGCAUCAGACUGGAAAUUGGACCAUCCAGACUGGACAGGGCGGCUUCGUGUCACCUCCAAAGGCAAAACUGCAUACAUAAAACUGGAGGACAAGGUUUCAGGAGAACUCUUUGCCCAGGCUCCUAUAGAUCAGUACCCUGGCAUUGCAGUAGAGACUGUGACAGAUUCCAGCCGCUAUUUUGUCAUUCGAAUUCAGGAUGGGACUGGACGAAGUGCUUUUAUAGGCAUUGGCUUCACGGAUCGUGGUGAUGCCUUUGACUUCAACGUCUCUUUGCAGGAUCACUUCAAGUGGGUGAAGCAGGAGACUGAGAUCUCCAAGGAGUCCCAGGAAGCUGACACACGUCCCAAAUUAGACUUAGGGUUUAAGGAAGGGCAGACCAUCAAACUGAACAUUGGGAACAUGACAACAAAGAAAGGAGGAGCAGCUAAACCCCGUGUGUCUGGAUCGGGGGGCCUAAGCCUGCUGCCACCCCCACCAGGAGGCAAAAUUGCAGUCCCUCCUAUACCUCCCCCUUCUUCCACAGCCAUUGCCAACCAUGUCACACCGCCACCCGUGCAGAAAUCCAGUACUGUGAGCAAUGCAGAUAUUCUAUUAGACUUAGAUGCCCCUGCAUCUGCAUCCAAGGCACCAGCAUCAGCUACCACAGACCUCUGGGGAGACUUCAGCACUGCAUCCAGUGCUGUUCCCAAUCAGGCUCCUCAGCAGUCCAACUGGGUCCAGUUCUGAAUGGUCAAAGCAAUGGAAUGGGACAAACUGAUGACCAAGAGGCUCUAGAGGCACCAAAUGGGAUCAGAGGGGGCACAAACCUCUCUAGUCUUCAAUCAGAAACAAAUCGGGACAAUCCUUCCUUUUUAAACCAGAUCUUCACUUCAGUCAGAACUUACUAUUUUUGAUCCCACAGUGAAACCACUGAACCUAAAGCGAACAUGCUGACUCCUCACAAGAUGGGCAAGGAGAGAGGUAGUCUCAACACAAAACCUUCUUUGAAUUAUGUCUGUGGUGAGGAGUGAGCCUCCCUAUGCACGCACUACUCUUCCUGUCUGGUGCAAUUGAUAGUGCUCAAUGUUCCUGUGCUCUUGUGGGAGGAGUUAUGCAAGUCCUUGAGUAGACCUGCUGCCAUUGUGCUGUAGCUCCAGGUGGGUGCCCCAUCUUGAGGCUCCUUGUUUGGUUUGCGGGUUCACUGGAGGAACUUAUCUCAUUUUCACUCCUUUCUCCCACCCCAUGCAAAGGCCUCAUUGUCAUUGAGAUGUUUUAACUGGAAAUAGCUUUUUUUUUUUUUUU